AUGUCAUACACGAUUCAGGUACGUGGUCUUCCGGAGGACACGAGUGAGGAGGCUGUGCGCGACUUCUUUAGCCGUGUGGGCGAUGUGGCGCGAUGCACACUAGAGAAGACUGCCGCGACGCUGUCAUUUGAGAAGGAAGACGACUUCAACGAGGCGCUGAACAUGGACGGCAUGGAAUUUGAAAACGGUGCUGCCAUUCGGGUGGCGAAGCAGGAGCAGGAGCAGGCGAAGGGACAACAACACGGCAGUGAGGGCAACGAUGCAGAGGACAACCACAAAAACGGCGCGGGCGAGGCAGAGAGGACGGAGGGAAGGGAUGCAAUGGUGCGCGAUAACCGCAAGCGUUUCCGUGAGGAGUUCAAGGUUGCCGUCCGCCACAUCGCAGAGGACACCACAGAACAGCAGCUGCGUGAGCUCUUUGAGCCGCUUGGAACCAUUGCCGACCUCUUCCUAGAGCCUCGGCGCCGCUACGCCUUUGUCGGCUUUGACAACACCGACUCCCUGGAAGCCGCCUUGCAGAUGAGUGGCCGGGAGUUGAACGGUGUUGCCAUUGAGGUGGAGAAGAAGCGCACGGCCCCGCGUGAGAACGUGCUGCAGACGAAAGUAGUGGUGAAGGGAUUGCCGCCAAACACAACGGAGGAGGAGCUUCGCGCCUUCUUCGCCUCCGUCGGGGAGCCCGUCGACGUCUUCAUCCACGACAAGAAGCACUUUGCGUUCGUCGGGUUCCCCAACGAGGACGCGUGUGGGGCGGCGCUGCGGAUGACGGGCACGGAGCUGAGCGGCUGCCGCGUCGAGAUCGAGCGGCGCCAGCGCCAGCGCUGCUUCAAGUGCGACAGGGAGGGGCACGUGGCGCUGCAGUGCCGUGCCACGGCCCCUGCGUACCGCUCCACCCCGCGCGACAACCGCCGCAACUACAACGACCGGCGCGACUACAACGAGCGGCGCGACUACAACGACCGGCGCGACUACAACGACCGACGCGACUACAACGACCGACGCGACUACAACGACCGACGCGACUACAACGACCGGCGGGGUUUCAACGACCGGCGUGACUUCAAUGAUCGGCGUGAAUUCAACGAACGGCGUGACUUCAAUGAUCGGCGUGAACCCAACGAAAGGCGCGAAUUCAACGACCGGCGUGACUUCAAUGAUCGGCGUGAACUCAACGAAAGGCGCGAUGUCGAAAAGCGCGAGGACCGCCGCCGCCCUCGGUCUCGCUCGGAUUCAGGCGAACGGCACAGGCGCCGUCACAGCCACAGCCACAGCCGGAGCCGGAGCCGGAGCCCGAAGCGCUUUGCCCGCGAACGCGACCGCGACCGUGAACGUGAACGUGAACGUGAACGCGACCGCAGUCGCAGCCGCAGCCGCAGCCGCAGCCGCAGUCGCAGCCCGCCGCGCCGCCGCUAUUAG